GUCUUCUUCCGUGGGAUUUCCUUCACACCACAGCCAACCAACAGAUUGUAACUCGCUCCGUAAAACAAAGGGGAGGCAAAAUAAACCCUAGCCGCGCCGAUCGACCGCUAUGCGGCCGGCGAUCGCCGGAGCCCAGGAUCGCCGCCUCUAGCCGCCGCGCCGACCAGUGCCCGCCCGCUCGCCUCCGCCGCCAUGAGGCCCGCCACGGCGCAGAUCGAUCCGUCCCCGUCCCCGUCCCCCGCCGCGCUGGCCAAGUCGCGCCUCAAGCGCCUCUUCGAGCGCCAGGUGCUGCGGGUCUCGCCGGCGGAGCGGCUCCCGCCCGUCUCCGCCGGCGGGGACAAGGACAGGGAGAAGGAUGACUUGGAGCCCAGCUCCGUGUGCCUGGACGGCAUGGUCCGCAGCUUCCUGGAGGACGGCGGCGGCGCCGUCGGCGAGCGGGCCCCGGCCGCGCGCUGCUGCAACUGCUUCAACGGCGGCGACGCCUCCGACGACGAGGACGGGCCCGCCGCGGCCGAGGCGUCUGCCAUCUCCGACGCCGCGGAGACCAUCAAGGGCCUCGUCCACUGCGCCAGUCUCCGGGAGCGCAACCUGCUCGCCGACGUGUCCACGCUCGUGGAGCGCCACCGCGCGGCGGGGGCGCGCAAGCGCGACCUCCUCCGCCUCCUCGCGGCGUCCCUCCGCGCCAUGGGCCACGACGCCGCGCUCUGCCUCUCCCGCUGGGACAAGUCGUCGUCCCACCCCGCCGGCGAGCACGCCUACGUGGACGUCCUCCUCCCCGCCGGCUCGGAGCGCGGCGACCGCGAGCGCGUGCUGGUGGACGUCGACUUCAGGUCCCAGUUCGAGGUGGCACGGCCCACCAAGGCCUACCGCGCCGUGCUGCAGCGGCUCCCGUCGGCGUUCGUCGGCAAGGAGGACCGGCUGCGCCUGCUGGUGGCCGCCGCCGCAGACUCCUCGCGCGCCAGCCUCAAGAAGCGCGGCCUCCAUCUUCCACCGUGGCGGAAGCCCGAGUACAUGCGCGCCAAGUGGCUGUCCCCCUACGAGCGCGAGGCGCCUCCUCCGGCGCCGGACGGCCCCGCCAGUGCCAGUGCCAGUGAGCUCGCCGACACCGGCGAGGGAGGCGAAGACGGAGCCAAAGCUUGAUUAAUCAAGGAUCGGCCAUUAGUUGAUUAUUUUUUUCGCCUGGGGAAUUUGCAGCGCAGUCCCCGGGCAGGGACCGGAUGCAGAUGUUUUUGCUAUAUUUUCGUCCUUUUUCUCUCUCAUUUUGACCCUUUUGAUGGGUAACGGAGUACUAGCAGUAACUUCCAGUAAGUACGUACCGGGAAGCAAGGAAGAGCAACUAAAUAAAUAAAAAUUUAGUGUUUAGUCCAAA